CCCACCACCCAAAUCUCCUCCCCAAACAAUAUUUGUUUCUUUGCACGCACUUUCCUUAAACUUAUCAAAUUUGUCUGCUAUCAUAACAAGGAAACAUGAAGAGCUUGUCUACCGGAGUUGUUGGACGUCUAAUGCCUGUUGUUAUCUUCUCCGUGUUUUGUCUACUCUCCAUGCCACCUCAUCAUCAUGCAGAAGCAAGCAUUCAUGGGAAAGCUACUAGAUUUGGGGACAAAACACAAAUGAACCCUAAGGAAGGGGUAAAGGAGGAAGUGGGGAUGGAGUUGUACCCGACAGGGUCGAGCUUGCCCGAUUGUUCACACGCUUGUGGGUCAUGCUUUCCAUGCAAGAGGGUGAUGAUUAGCUUCAAGUGCUCCAUGGCAGAGUCAUGCCCUGUGGUUUACAGAUGCAUGUGUAAAGGCAAAUACUACCACGUGCCUUCCAACUGACACUACAUUUGCAGAAAUGCAUGCACUUUGUUUACUGGUGAAGAGAUUAAUGAUUAUUUUUUUCAGUCUGAUUGAAACGCUUUUAUUGUUCCAAGUGAAGAUGAAAUUCAGCUUGUAAAUAGCAGAAUUGAGUAUUUUGGUUGUGGUACUUCAUUUAAUCACUAGUAGAACUGAGUUUUAUUUUUGUAGC